CAUUAAGUUAACAUUGAGAUAGGGUUCACUGUUAUCAGUGAGGACAAUAGACAAAACUAAAAUGUAAAUAUUUAAAUAUACAUUGUUUUGUGACACUGAAAGAAUAUGAGAUCUACAUGAAAGUGUUAACAAAUUAGGAAUACAACCCAAAAGAUUGUAUGACACAAGAUGGAGGAAGACUAUGAUGUUGUGAUUGUGGGUGCUGGUAUAUCUGGUCUCAGUGCUGCCCGGUACCUCCUUGCCAAAGAUUCAAACUUGAACAUCCUCCUUCUGGAAGCUGCAGACAGGGUUGGUGGUCGUACAUUUACAGUACCUUUAAAAACAGAGACUGGUACAGACAGUUGGGAUCUUGGUGCUCACUGGGUUGGUAGAUGUCAGACUCAUAUAAUGAAGUUAUUAGAAGAGUUUGAUAUAAAGACACAUCCACAAUACCUGACAGGUAGAAAAUUUCUCCAGGUAGGGAAAGAUAACUCUGUUAAGAGUUACAUGUCAGAUAUACCUACAUUAUCUCUCCUGGCACUUCUAGAUCUCGAUAGGGCCAUGAAAAGGAUAGAGAGUUUAGCUAAAGAGGUGGACCAGAAUGAUCCGUUGUCAUGUAAACGAGGGAAGGAAUUUGAUGGCAUGACAAUGGAAACUUACAUUAACCAAACUAUGUGGAUGGCAGAAUCAAAGGAAGUUAUGGAAGUUGCAUUACGUGGAGUACUGGGAGUUGAACUGUGUGAAAUAUCAUUUCUGUAUUUCUUAACCUACGUAUCAGCUGCAGGAGGGUUGAAAAAUUUAGUUGAAGCAACACCAUAUAUGGCCCAGGAAUAUACUGUACAGGGAGGCUGUUAUCAGAUAUCUCUACGUAUGGCGGAGGAACUUGGUGAUUCUAGAAUAAAGUUGAGGGAACCAGUCACAUUAAUCACACAAAGCCAGGAUACAGCUGUUGUGACAACAGAAUCUGGGAAAACAUACAAGUGUAAAAAAGUAGUUCUUGCCAUUCCUCCAUCACAAAUAGCAAAAAUCAAUUUUAAUCCUCGUUUACCUCCAGUAAAGAGAGAACUGCAUAAACGAAUGCCGGUAGCUAAUUAUGCAAAAGUUGUUAUCACUUAUAAAAAGACAUUUUGGAGAGAAGAUGGUAGUUCUGGUGAAGUUGUUACCAAUGGGGGACCAAGUACUGAAUCAGAUUGCACCUCCGGUCCGCUAUGUUUGGUGUUUGAUGAUACAUCAGCCAGCGGGAACCCUGGACUGGUUGCCUUUAUUGCUGGUUACCAGCUUGUAGAGUGGAGACAACUAAAUGAUGCCUCCAGGAAAUCAUCAGUUUUAAAAUGUCUGGCUCAAUUCUUCGGUGAACAAGUACAUGAUUACAUUGACUAUGCAGAGAAAGAUUGGGAGGCGGAGCCUUAUGUAGGCGGAGCACCAGUCUGUGUAGCUGGGCCGGGUGCCAUGAAAUAUUACACUGUAGGGUUGAGAGAACCCUUUAAUUGUAUACAUUUUGCUGGUACCGAGACUGCUACAAUAUGGACAGGUUAUAUGAGUGGAGCUGUACAGGCCGGGCAUCGUGCUGCAAUAGAAAUUCUUCUUGACCUUCGACCCCAGACUGUGUCAGGUCAAGAUCUUAUAGACAACAACAAACCAUUCAAACUACCAAACACCUAAAUCAUUGUAGAAAAAUAGUUUAACCUUCAUUUACUGUGAUAUAAACAUAGAGAUAUACAAUUGUGUACUACUUUUUCAUGAAGACAAUACUGUUUGGAAUCAAUUGUAUUAAAUGAUGACUUUUAUAUCUAGCAAAGUUAUUUCCUCAUAUUGAUAUACAAUGUAUCAUUUCAUAAGUAUCUGAAAUAGCACUCAACUGCUGCACAGUC